CGGUGACAUGAAGUCGUGGCCUGACACCUUUUGCCCGCUGUUUAACCGGCGCAAAUCUUAGUUCAGUAUCAGACGCGACAUGGCAAAUAACGCCAGAUUAGAUAUCUCGAGAAUGCAAGAGUUCUGCAACAUUUUUGGCGUCUUUUAAUUUGCAGUAAGAAGUGCCCAGGCGGUCUUUUCAUUUUGAAGACAUAACGCAGCGCGUUCAUGCCAGGGUUGAAGCCAAAAUCCGAACUCGGAAUUCUUGCGACGCCACCAACCCGCAGCUCACCCUUCAGGCUGAAGCUCAAGCUCAAGCGCAAGCUCACAUUGCACGUCCCAUCUCGUCGCCCACUAUGGUGACUACUCGCUCCGGAGCUGUGCCUGUAGACCCUCAUGAUAGUGCCGUGGCAAUUACGGAAGAUGCCACAAAGCAAAGCCCAGAGAGCGCCACCGGCCAGAAAAGAUCCCGUGACUAUGUCGAGGAACUGAGAGGCUUGACGCCGGAUCGCAACAGUGACGGAGAAGAUGAUCAUGCUGCAAAGAGAGCCAGGACGGAGGAGGACAAAGCUCAGCACGACGACCUUGCCAGGGAUGCCCAGUCUGAUCUGGACGACGGCGAGAUAGUGGAAGCGUCCACGCCUGAUCGACAUGCUCUUCCACCUAAUACGAUGGCAAAACGGCCAGCUGAGCCGCAGAAUGUGGCUCCCAUUCCUCCAAAGGAUGAAGCAGUCCAAAAAUCGACCCAAGACUAUUUGGCUCCACAAACCCUACCCGUCCCGCCUGAGGUAGCUGGGUCUACAGAAGUUAUGCCUCCUGAGGAUCUCCCUGCAGCCACAGAGAGUGAUCGGUCCAUCGGCGAGCAUGCUCAAGCCAAAAUUCCACAAUCGGCAACAGAGACACAACAGAGCGCAGAGAAAGCAAAGACGAAAAGCGAUCCCAACCAAGGCGUGGGCUUGGGACUUAGGACAUCAUUCGCAAAGGCACCGAAAAAGCAGGCCAAGGGCGAUAUUUCGAAGCCCGCUCUCGGUGUAUUGGAAUUUCCUACAGCGAAUCGCGAUUGGAAGAUCGAUGCCACCAAGUUUGAUCAGAUCCUAUGCGACCACGAAUUGGAUCGUGGUGAUUGCUUUGAGCCAAAGUUUUGGAAACAGUGGAUGCAAAACAAUCUUGCACGUGUGCUCCAAGCUCUCCAAGAAGACAAUGGCCCCGAAUUCGAUUCCAUUUCGAAGCCCGCUCAGAGGGUCAAAGUAGUCCGCAAUGCUAUGUUCGCUCUCUUACAACCCGUCGGGGGCGUUCUGUAUGGCACCAAAAAGAAUAUGAAUACAGUUCGCUUAGUCGCUCAACCUACUUUUGACGACGGGCUCACCGGCAAGAUGAUCAACAAGACACUGACCGGGGCAAAGAAGUCAAAUUCCACAGCGGCGCAUGACCACCAAGAUGCCGCAGAUGCGAGCGCCGAGCCCGAAGGCGAGAAACAAGACAAUGCAGAGGACAAAAUAAUCAGUUCCAAACAAGAAGCCUCGCAAGAAUCAGAUGUGGAGCCUGGCGAAGUCAGUUCAGACGAAUCACCAGUGCUUAGCCCCGAGGAAAUCGAGCACCGGAAGCUAUACUUUCCAGGCUCGGAGAACUACCAUAGGUUCUGCAUACAUUGCGUCAGUUCCAAGCAUAACUCCAGUAGCUGUCCGCAACCAAUCUGUCAGUCUUGUGGAAGCAGAGACCAUACGCGUUACGGAUGUCACGCAACAGAACGUUGUGGCAAAUGUUUUCAGCUGGGACACACUACGGCCACGUGCCAAGAGAAGCUCGCUUUAGCCAAAGGAGAGAGAGAACCUUGUGCUUAUUGCAGGCUGGCUCACACCGAAGAGCAAUGCGCUGCGAUCUGGAAAUCUUUCAACCACGCCGAAGUCAAAGUCAAGAAAGUGAAGGCCAUACCUUCUUUUUGCUACAUUUGUGGUCAGGAUGGCCACUAUGGUCCAGAAUGUGGACUGAACUCUGGCAGAACCGAAAUGGACUCUGACUUGAGCAUCUGGUCCUCCGCAAUUCGGGACAUGUACGUCGAUCCAAGUAGCGCUGAUGCUGCCAUUGCGUGGGCUGGACUGAACGCGGCCCCGAGCCAGCCAGGCCAAGAUUUUCAUAUCCGCGGGCAGGCAAAGAAGCAAUCGCACGUCUUCUAUGUUUCGAGCGACGACUCUGAUGACGGCUUCAUACACGAGCCGGUGAGGAGGGCCCCGUCUCGCGGCAACAUUCAAAUCAACACCAAUGCGAGUCGCCCCGCCCCGAGGCGUGGAGGUUUCAGCAGCCUCCGCGCCGACGAGAGCCGACGUCGCGAAAACCAACGUGAGUUUACCCCUCCUCCCGCGCCGCCGUUGGAGGACUACUACUCUUAUGCGCCGUGGCAGCCGCCUCUGCCCGCUGGACCUCCGCCUGCUCUACCUCCGCCUCGUUUGCCCGACACUUACACGUUUCAAGGUCAACGAGAUCAGCCAGCGCUUCCUCGGGCACCACCUGGAUCCCUGCCCCCACGACCUGUCAACCAAGGCCCUUCUAGGAACUUCAGCGGUUCUUCGCAGAACGGAGCAAAGAGAGGAGGAGGGCGCGGCAGGCCGCGAAAACGUACUUGAUGCACUUGUUCGAAACUCGCUGCGCCACAUCUGUCUCGGCUCCGUCGGUGUGGGUUAUUCUCUGUCGAGCAUCGUUGUUGGAGCAAUUGUAUCGAGCUGGUUCAUGUCAUAAGACCACCAAACACAACGAUCCCGUGGCGGACAAUUCAGUGGAGGCUAUUAA